AUGUCUGGUCAUAUUUCAUCGGAGCAUUCUCGCUCGAAUUCACGAUCCUCUCAAACGCCACACUCCAGAGAUUCGACGCCUCGCCACUCCUUCGGUCGCACCUCCGUCUCCAAUCCAAAUGUCUUCGCCGACGAAUACUCAUUAGAACCCAUUGAGUCCGAUCGCAUCCAACGCCCCCACAGUCCUUCAUCCAUUGCAUCCUCCGCUACUCUUCGUGAGAACAAUCAGUCAAGGACCGUCAGCACGGCUACAACCGAGAACGAGAACCCUUUUGCCGAUGACGCUCGGGUGUCCUUCGAUGAACCCUAUCGGUCAAGUCUGCCCCAAAAGGGCUACCCUUUCGCCAACAACCGUAACUCAACCUCCUCUCUCAACUCGACACCGUCUAUGAUCCAGCGAAAUCAGAGUGUCUCUUCUCGUUUCUCGAUUCCCCGCGCUCUCAGUCCCUACACCGGAGCCACCGGACCCAGCCAUCCAUAUGGUAUGUAUCCACAAGUUGGGGUUAGCCGGACGCCUAGUGUGGGUAGUACUUCGACAAUACGCCCGGUCGAACGCCCACUUGAAGACUCAACUGGUCCACAGCACCCCUACGCGAUGUACUCGCAGAAUGUGGUCGAGGAAGGAAUGGAUGAUGAUAUCAUCCCGGUCGGAUUUCCAGGUCAUAACCCACCAUAUCAGCCACCCGCUGGUCGCCAAGCUGAUGAUGUGGGUGAUAUCAUUGGACUGGAUGGUCAUGCAGAGCCGCUACCACCCUAUUCACGCUAUCCAACUGGUGUCGUACCCAAGCCUCCAGGGGCUGAACCGAUAGCCGAUCUCGAGACCCCGCCGGAGGAACAUCGUCUCAACAAUGAAAGCCCAAGAGCACCGCCGGUUUCAGAAACAUCAUCAAGGGCUUUGAUGCCUGAACAUUCUGGUGAUGGGAACGGAGAGGAAAGAGUUGUUGCCACCACAGGCAUCAUGGCUUUCGAAGAGAAGCUCAAACGCAAGGGGAAACAGACUGCAUGUUGUGGCCUGCCAGUGUGGACCUUGGUCCUCAUUGCAACUGUGAUGCUCAUUGGAGGAUGUAUUGGAGGUAUCAUUGGGGGUAUUCUGGGAACCAAGAAAGCCGCAGAAGCUACAAAGGAUGACCAAGAAGCACAAAAGUCCAGCGCCUUACCAAUUAUAACGGUCACUGCGACUCCUCAGAUGGAUGCGUCCAUGAUAUCAACCCCCACAAACAUCAAAGAAAUCCCUACCGGCAGCUAUCUGGUUCCAUCCGGUUAUCAGAAUGGAUCUGGGCUUUGCGUGGACGAAUCGAAUUACGGGAAAGCCUGGAAAUGCAUGCAAAGACCGAGCGAAUUUAGCAUUCAUAUCGGCGAAUCAAAAGGUCACCAUUCCAUCGCUUUCGACUAUGGUCCUCCAACCACGACCUUCACAUAUGGUGCCCAGGCGCCUUAUUGGUCUGCUACACCUACGCAAGCAUUGAGUAUGGCCAUUGAUACCACUGAUAUUGGCAUGGGCCCUGCUCUGUUCUUCCUUUCGCCGUUCGACAAGUUGGUCAUUGUCCCGGAGGAUACAUUCUCUAAUUCCCUUUCCAAGCGCACAUGGGUGGAAGACGGGUGGGCACAGGCAGACGCCUACAAGAACCUGAAGCAGACUGCAGAGGUCGGCGACAAGCCAUGGUUCUGUUGGUGGAAUAAUACGAUGAUGGAGUUCUUCUUGUACGUCAACCAGUCGACGUCGUAUUCCUUGAGCUCCACCGCUGCCAUCAACAGCAACAUGCCAGCAAGCACAGCUGGCUUGAAUUCUGACUCCAAACGUGGCGACUACCCCACCGUCGAUUACCCACGGAGGAUCAAGAUGGAAGAGCGCCGAGACGACCCAUCGCGUGAAUCUCCUUACUGUCAGCAAAUGCAAAUCCGCAAUAACGGGGGUCUGGCGCUUCUCUCGGGCAACAUUGUCAACAUCAAAGAGAAUGAGCCCACACCGACUACUACCUACACCAAUUAUAACGGUGGCACUGCCCAGACAUACACUGCCAAGGCAUCAUACGCCAGCCCGUGCUACUGUGUGUCUCUGACUGACUAG